AUGAUUAUACAUAUAUUUGAGAAAAAGUUAAUCAUCACACAAAUCUAUAUGGUUGUCUGGUCAAGUAAUCACCAGGCCCUGAUGGUAUCCGCCGCGCACUGGGUUCGCAUGACCGCGGGCGACGACGCAGCGCUGAGAAAAUGGAAAUAA